AACUUACAGGUAAUUCUUUUAAAAUUUUUCCGAUUUAAAGGUUUCCUGUUUAAUAGCCCUUCAAAAAUCUGCUACGAAAAGUACGGCUGCUUCAAUAAACAACCCAAUGUUCGGUGGGGCCUGAUUCCGAUUAAACCUAGUCUGCCACAAGAGCCAAGUGUUGUUGGCACAACAUUUGACAUGUACACCAGGAACGGGCGUGGAAGAGUAAAUGAUUAUGAUGCAGAUAAAUUGAAGGCCCCAAAAUUUGACAUCGCGCGGCGAACAAUCUUCGUGAUUCACGGCUGGAGAGGUGAGUGCCUGUUUGCGGCUCAAGCACCGAGGAAGGGGGCCAUGAUUGGCUUACGCUCUUUUUAAAAUCUCUUAUGUCCGAAACAGGGUGUUUACAGGCCCUUGAUGCGUUUUACGAUGAAAAAUUAAGUAUAUGUACAGAUGAGAUUUCAACUACCAAAUUUUUCAACAUUUUUUAUAAAAUCUAGGAAAAUCAACCAAGGACUGGGUCAUUGAAAUGAAAGACGCCCUUUUACGACGAGAAGACUGCAAUGUGAUUUUGGUGGACUGGUCUGGAGGAGCAAAAACACUUUAUGGACAAUCUGUAGGCAAUACCCAGCUCGUUGGGGCUCAGGUAGCAGAGCUGAUAAGGUUCUUGAUUAAGAGUGCUUCAGGGUCGCCUGACUCAGCUAAAAUGUUCUAUAUUGUGGGAUUUAGCCUUGGUGGACAAACCGCAGGGUUUGCCGGGAAGUAUUUAAAGGAGAAAGCUCGAAUGACACUUGGUCGUAUUACAGGUAAAGAAACACAAUUAUAAAGUAUAGAUUGGAGGUCCGGGGUUGGAGACCUGGGUGAGCCAUUCUGAUGUGUUUUUGGAAAAGACAAUUUUCUCUCAGAGUCUUUCUCCAACCAGGUGUAUAAAGGGGUACAAUGGAGGAGACAUAGAAGCUUGUGAAAUGCAGUGCACGGUUGAGAAAGAGCUAGUUUGUUCUCUGUGUUCCUAAACAAUAAGCAAUCAGGUUAUAGAGACGAACAAAUUUCGAUCCAAAAUAUUUUAGUGUCAUCCGGUCUAAGGCUUUCCACAUCAUGAAAGAUUUUUUUUCUGAUCUUUGAUGAGCGAGUUUCUGCCACCUUAGUGCCUAGCAAUCGCCUAGCAGCAUUCCAUCCAGGGCGAGCUGCGGAAUUAGCUCCAUUCUUAAAAAAAGAAACUAGAAUGAGAUCCGGCUGAUGUGGCCCAGUGCAGAUUUAACCAUUGUUUCCUCUCAAGGACUGGACCCAGCUGGUCCUGCUUUUGACGGCAUUGCUGACCCUCGCUUCCGCCUGGACCCAAGUGAUGCUGAAUACGUUGACGUUAUACACACCGACAUGUACACGAGCAGCGGUUUUGUCGGUUUUGGUAUGCGCGAUGAGGCCGGUCACGCGGACUUUUUUCCGAACGGAGGCAUUGAUCAGCCUGGUUGUCUACGACAUAUGGCUAUGUUAGGUAGGUUUAACUGCAAGGGUGAUUAAAAUCGAAACACUUAGCCUUGAAGCAAUAUGUACAUGGAAUAUAAAUGCUUUGGACUACGUUGUUCGAACUUGGAAACAUGAGCAUAUUUCAUCAGGGUCAGAAAGAUUUAGGCGACGAACGUAUUGUUUGAGACAACCUCAGAACAUGGUAGAUUAAACCACUGAAAAUUUUCGGAGCUUAUUCGAAAAUGGCUUUAUAUCUUUAGCAUUCACUAAGACAGUGAAGUGUGACCAUCAGAGGGCUUGGAGAUACUACACUGCAUCAGUGGAAAAUCCCCUCAGCUGGGAAGCAUAUCCUUGCAAAGAUUACAAAAACUGUGAGAACGGAAAGACCACUGCUUGCGUUGGUGAGUGCCCGUCUAUGGGAUAUGGCGCCGACAAAACGAAGCCAACCGGCAAAUUUUAUCUAAAGACAUCCGCCAAAGCUCCAUUUCAUGGUAUGUGUGUCUCUUUGUUCUUUUAG